UCUCCAUAAAACCCUCCCAACAACUUCAGAAACAAGAGCAGAAGAAUAAGAAGAAGAAGAAGAAGAAAACCAUGGGAAGAUCUCCUUGCUGCGAGAAAGAACACAUGAACAAAGGUGCUUGGACUAAAGAAGAAGACGAGAGACUCGUCUCUUACAUCAAAUCACACGGAGAAGGCUGCUGGCGAUCUCUCCCUAGAGCUGCCGGUCUCCUCCGUUGCGGCAAGAGCUGCCGUCUCCGGUGGAUUAACUAUCUCCGGCCUGAUCUCAAAAGAGGAAACUUUACCCACGACGAAGAUGAAGUUAUCAUCAAGCUUCACAGCCUCCUUGGAAACAAGUGGUCUUUAAUUGCGGCGAGGUUACCUGGAAGAACAGAUAACGAGAUCAAGAAUUACUGGAACACACAUAUAAAGAGGAAACUUUUGAGCAAAGGGAUUGAUCCCAACACUCACAGAUCAAUCAACGCCGCGAAAGAUCAUGAUUUGAAGAAAACAGGGGACCAAGUUGUAAAAGAUGUGUCUUUUGGGUCUCUGUUUGAUAAAACAGAAAAGUCUGAGGAGCAAAAGCAAAAUAAAAACCAAAAGCAAAAUCUAAUCAAUGGGUUCGUUUGCAAAGAAGAGAGGGUUGAGCGUCACCCAGUUGUUGUUGUUGUCCAAGAAAAGAUUUGCCCAGAAUUGAAUCUCGAGCUUAGGAUCAGUCCACCGUGGCAAAACAAGAAUUAUGAUGAUCAGACAAGAGAGAGAUCUACCUACACUCCAUCCCAUCUUUACGUCGAAAACGGCAUGGAGUCUAGUAGUGAUACUGCCAAAUGUCAAACAGAGGAUAGCAGUAGCAUUAGCCAUUCUUCACUUGACAUUAGUAGUAUUAGCAGCCUUGGUUAUGACUUCUUGGGUUUGAAUACGAGGUUUAUGGAUUUUCGGAGCUUUGAAAUGAACUAAACAAGUAAUCAAAAAUAAAUUUUUAGAUCUGAUAAUGUUACUCUAAAUCUCGCUUUUACUUUGUUUUAUUUUAAUGUCUUUUUUUCCUAAUCUUUGUACAUAAAUUUAAAAAUAUUAUGAUCAAAUGUAUCGACGUCUCAUUUGAUAAUGCAGUCAUAUAAAUCGAGUCUGAAUUUAUGUUAA